AUGUGGCUCCGCACAGCCAUGAACUACCAGUAUAAGUUUGGUGGAACAUUGCUUGCAGUACUCCAGAAGCUCUACAGGGAGGGUGGUAUUGCGAGAUUAUAUCAGGGUCUCUUUCCCUGGGCCAUCUUUCAGGCCCCGCUCUCUCGCUUUGGGGACGUCGCCGCAAACGACAUGGUGCUAGCGCUGAUGGGCGCCCUGCUUCCACAGGUGCCAGUUGGAGUGACGACCUUUCUGGGCUCUGUUUCCAGCGCUGCCUGGCGGGUCAUCAUUACGCCGGUGGACACCUGCAAGACCAUUUUGCAGACGGACGGAACCAAAGGUUGGAUAAUGCUGAAGGAGAAGGUUUCCAAAGGCGGUCCGCUGAUUUUAUGGUCUGGCUGGGAGGGUAACUACAUGGCCAACGUCAUCGGGAACUAUCCAUGGUUCGUAACCAUGAACCUGCUUCAAAAGCGUGUGCCAGUGCCAGCAGGGAACUUCAUGAAGCUAGUCAGGAGUGCUGUUAUUGGCGCAAUAGCAUCGUCCAUCAGUGAUGUGGUCGCAAAUUCGAUCCGCGUCAUCAAGACAAAGAAGCAGACGAGCGAGGAUGUCAAUUGUGGCUAUCUCUCUGCAGCCCAGCAGAUCAUUGCCUCGGACGGCAUCAGCGGCAUCUUCUUUCGGGGUCUGAGCACCCGAGUAUUUACAAACAUUUUGCAGAGCGCAUUUUUCACGGUGCUGUGGAAGUACCUAUCUUCCAGAUAG